AUGGCUCCUAAAUCGAAAGAAAAACCGAAAGCCCCGACGUCACAGCCUCCUCCUGCAAUGGAAGAUCUCUUCACUUCUCUUAAUAGGCAUAUCGAGCGAGAUGAACUCGAACAAGCCGUUAGGGUCGCUGAUCAAGUUCUAUCGAUUGCACCUGCCGAUGUGGAUGCGAUCCGAUGCAAAGUUGUGGCUCUUAUAAAAGACGAGAAGAUCGAUGAAGCUCUCUCCGUCAUUCAAUCGUCCCACAAUCUUCCAAUCGAUCUAGGGUUUGAGAAGGCGUAUUGCUUAUACCGUCAAAACAAGCUUGAUGAGGCGAUUGUGUGUUUGAGAGGUCGAGAGAAGGGUUCAGAGACUUUGCUUUUGGAGGCUCAGAUUCUGUACCGUAUGAGGAAAACAGAUGCUUGCGUGGAUGUGUAUCGGAAACUGGACAAGUCCAAGAUUGAAUCGGUAGAGGUCAAUCUCGUCGCAGGGUUGGUUUCGGCUGGGAGAGCUUCUCAAGUGGAAGGAGUAUUGGAGUCUUUGGGGAUCAAACCAACCAGUAAUUUUGAGUUGGCUCAUAACACUGCUUGCUCUUUGAUCGAAAACAAUAACUUCGACGACGCGGAACAACUUUUGCUGGCUGCACGGAGGUAUAUCACAGUCCUUGGACAAGUUCAAGAAUCCACCAGCGCUUACGUAGACAUCAUUAAACGAAACCUGGCCGAUGAAUCGUCACUUGCUGUUGCUGUGAACAACCUUAUCGCCUUGAAAGGUUCCAAAGAUGUUGCUGAUGGCUUGAGGAAGCUUGAUCGGCUGAAAGAAAAAGACUCCCAAAGCUUUCAGCUUUCCCAAGAACUUGAUGCUAAGCUUUCACAGAAACAAAAAGAAGCUAUAUAUGCCAACCGCGUCCUUCUGCUCCUCCAUGCAAAUAAGAUGGAUCAGGUAGCAGCAGAGUCCUUGUCCAAAAUACCUGACAUCCAGCAUCUGCCUGCAACUGUCGCCACAAUUGUUGCACUCAAAGAGCGUGCUGGGGACAACGAUGGUGCUUCUGCUGUUCUUGACUCAGCAAUUAACUAUUGGUCUAACUCGAUGACCGAGAAGAAUAAGCUUGGCAUAUUGAUGCCGGAGGCUGCUUCCUUCAAGCUCAGGCAUGGUCAAGCGGAAGAGGCUUCACGGCUAUACGAAGAGAUUGUGAAGAACCACAAAAGCACAGACGCUCUGGUUGGUCUCGUGACAACACUUGCUCGGGUCAAUGUCGAGAAAGCAGAAACUUACGAGAAACAGCUAAAGCCUCUCCCCGGUUUGAAGGCUGUUGAUGUGGAUAACCUAGAGAAGACCUCUGGCGCGAAACCCAUGGAAGGCGCUUCUGCUGCUGCUGAUUCAUCGAUGCAGGAAGAAGUGAAGAGCAAGGAGAAGGCAAAGAGGAAGAGGAAGAGAAAGCCAAAGUAUCCCAAAGGAUUCGACCCGGCAAACCCGGGUCCACCUCCGGAUCCUGAAAGGUGGCUUCCGAGAAGGGAAAGGUCCAGUUACAGACCCAAGAGGAAAGACAAGCGAGCAGCUCAAAUCCGUGGCUCGCAAGGCGCAGUGACGAAGCAAGAUAAACAAGAAGCAGCUCCUUCAACUUCAAAGUCAAACCAAACGACCACUAAGACGUCCACUAAGAGUGAUCAUCCGAAACCUUCUAAGGCCUCAAAAAAGAAGUCUAGGAGAUGA